AUGUCGGAGUCCGAUGAUAUUUUCGCAGACAACUCGUCAGAUGGAACCGAUUAUCUGUCGUCCAGCAGCCACCAGGAGCCUCAGGAAUCGAUUUUGAUUGAAGAAACGGAAACGGAAACCGAAGAUGAGGAAGACGAGGAGGAGAAAGCCAUCCGGGAACGGAUGAAGAAACGCCAAAGUCGCCGUAUGUCGUUCCAUCCGCGUCAGACCAGUUCUGAUAUGAGCUCAAGCGAAAGCGAACACGAAGAAGGAACCGAGGUGUCCAUUGCAAGCGAUGGGGAUACGAGUGAAGAGGAAAGAUUGAACGAGAGCCGGGCUCUUUCUCCGGCCACACGUUCAAGCAUAUCCGGUAUUCCGCCACCCGAUUUAAACGAAACCGAUGAUGAUGAUGAUGAGAUAAUUGUUGGGCGAAAAAUCAAACGAAACGUUCUGAUAUUCGACGAUGAAGGUGAGGACGUGGGACAAAAUAACAAUUCUUUCGACGAUAGUCUUCCGCUGCGUAGUUUUGAUGCGGAAGGAAGCGCCCAUAAUGGCUCGAACAACCAUAAGGAUCGUCGGGAUUCACCGGUCAAAGAUCGGUUGUCUCGCGAUGUAAGAAUGUCCAUUGAAACUAAGCUCUCCUCGACGGUGUUGGAACCCAACACGGAGGACGGCGUUUCUCGAAGCGAAAGUGACGCAUCUUCCAUUGCCAUAUUGGAAAAGUCCGAUGAAAUUUUAUCGCUGUCGAGCGAUGAUGAUAAGCCAGCCAAAAUCAAGCCUCUGGUGCAACCCACGAUCAAGUCCGCUCUGGAGAAGCAGCGUGUGUCACAAAAGUUUUACGAAGGCAAAGUACGUGAGCUGGCAGAUCUACAGAAGAAGCACGAGAAAAUGGGAAAUCUUUCCAAGAUGAACAUAAAUCUGCCGGACAAAGGCGUUGGGCUGAAGAAGGCCACCGAGAAUUUGGAGAAAGAAAUUUCCCAUCUGAAGAAGGAGAUUGCUGGCAUGGAGGUGCACGAUAUGCGAGGGAUCCGAGAUGAAAUUCAAAAGAGUUUUGAAAGUUCUAUCGAUGCCAGUGGAAGGAUAGUUUUAGGCAGUGCCAACACUUCUGCUGCAAGUAACAAUGCCAGCGUACAAUCUAUUGGCGGUGAUAAAAAGUCGAAUGUUAACGACCAGAUAGUUAACAUAUCGUGGGACGACAUUAAAAACGAAGCCGAUAAGAUUCAACCAAAGCACACGGGAAAGCAGGGCAUAGCAACUUUUGAAACGCAGAAAACGCUCACAUUGGAUCGUUUGGCCUCGUUGCACAAAUCGAUCGAAGCAUGUCCCAGCGAAGAUACGUUGGCCGACGCACCGAAGCUUCUGCGGAUCGAGCUGAUGACCCAUCAACGCCAUGCGCUAGCUUGGAUGAUGUGGCGGGAGAACCAAAAACCCAGAGGUGGUAUUCUGGCUGACGAUAUGGGCCUUUGGCAAGACGCUCAGCAUGAUUUCUUUGAUACUGAAAAGGCAGAGAUCGAAAACCCAGAUGAGGAAGAAGAAUCGAGCGAUGAAGAGGAAGAAGAAGAGAACUCCGGUUGGAAAGCGAAGGGAAGAAAGGAUUACUUCGCCGGGGGGACUCUGAUAGUAUGUCCCGCUUCGUUGAUGCGGCAGUGGGAAGGAGAAAUCACAAACCGAGUGGCGAGGAACAGCAUGGCCGUUAACGUUUAUCAUGGAACGAACAGAGAUAUGAAACCAAGGCACUUGGCAAAGUAUGAUGUGCUCAUCACAACGUACAACAUCGUAUCCCGUGAGGCUAAAUCGGAUCGAAAUGGCGUUUUUGGAGUGAACUGGGAAAGAAUUAUACUGGACGAGGCGCAUAUGAUUCGUAAUCAUAAAAGCGCCAUGUCGGAAGCUUGUUGUCGAUUGAAGGGCCGUUUCCGAUGGGUCCUCACAGGCACUCCGAUUCAGAACAAGGAAAUGGAUAUGUAUGCUUUAAUGAAAUUCCUACACUGUACCCCUUUUGAUGACUUGACACAUUGGAAGAAAUGGAUCGAUAACAAAACUUCCGGCGGAAUGGCCAGAUUGCAGACGAUCAUGAAAUCGCUGAUGCUUCGACGAACUAAAGUACAACUUCAAGAAAAAGGUUCACUGCAGUGUCUCCCGCAGAAAAACAUCGAACUGGUUGAGGUUACAUUGGAAAAAGAUGAGAUGAACGUCUAUCAAAAGCUACUUUUGUACUCGCGCACUCUUUUCGGUCAAUUUCUACAUCAACGUGCUGAGAAGGAACAUGACACUUAUAUGACCGGGGGUUAUCGAAACGCACCAAGUUUUGCCCAAAAAAAUCUUCCGAACAUGGCCUUCGAUCGUGUGCAUCAGAAACUGAAGCAGAUGCAUGCCAAAGAAGAAGUAAAACAGUUUCAAAUUUUGGUGUUAUUGCUUCGGCUUCGACAAAUAUGCUGCCAUCCAGGGCUGAUCCAUCAGAUGCUUGAAGAUGACGACGGAAACUUCGAUAUCAGUGCUGUCGAGGAAGAACAAUCGGAAGAACUUGAUUUGUUGGCUCAGCUGAAUAAGCUCAAGAUAACGGGAGCACCGGAUGGUGAAGUUGGAAAUGCAGCUGAAGUUAAUUUCGAGAUUGACGAAAACACUUCACAAGACGAAGCAGCGAUUACGAAGGCUUCCUCGAAAGUAAUGCGGCGCUCCAAUCCGGUUUUUGAUCUCUCGAGGAUCAGCUCGAAGAUUGCAAGGCUCCUCAAGCUGUUGGACGAAAAAAUCUUUUGCAGUGAUGACAAAGCGGUUAUUGUGUCGCAGUGGAGCAGCGUGCUGGAUAUUGUGGCACACCAUCUGAGUGAAAAGCGAGUUAAAUACGUUUCGUUGACCGGCAAAGUGCCGGUGAAGUUCCGAAAUGACAUCGUUACGGAUUUCAAUAAAGAAAGUAGCGGCCCAAAGUUCAUCGGUAGCUGUUACAGUUCUUACAUCGAGAGAGAAUAA